CGCUCGCUCGUCGUGUCAACAACUCCACCCCCACUACUACGCCGCAAAGACUGCAGCUGUUGCCGCAAAGCAUUCAGCCAUGUCUCGCCCUACCCUCCUCCAGUCGCAGACGUCGGCGCUCCUCACCCUCCUCAACCUCAACCAGCAGCCAUCAGGCUCGGCAGCCCCGACACCUUCCUCGACACCCGGCCCCUUCCCUCGACCUGGCACGCCGUCGGCCACGUUUGACGAAGGAUCGCAGGGCCCCCUCGUCUGGAAGGUCCUCAUCCUGGAUGACUUGAGCAAGGACAUCUUCGCGACUACCCUCCGCGUCCAGGACCUGCGUGAGCAGGGAGUGACGCUGCACAUGCAGCUUCACUCCCAGCGUCCUCCGCUCUCCGAUGUCCCCGCCGUCUACUUCGUGUCCCCAACAUUGGCCAACAUUCGUCGCAUAGCAGAGGACCUCAACCCUCCACUCUACUCGUCCUACCACCUCUCGUUCACGUCGACGCUCCCCAGGCCGCUUCUUGAGGAGCUUGCGUCGCUGAUUCUCGCCAACGACCCCACUGGUCAGACUGGACAGCUCAUUAGCUCGGUCCACGACCAGUUCCUCGACUUUGUUGUUCCCUCCCCCAGCCUCUUCUCCCUCCUUCCUCGCCGCGAGAUCAAGAAUGAGGCCAAUGGGUCUGGUGGCAAGAAGUCGAACAAGGCGCCAGAGAAGGAGGUUGAUGGAAAGCCGAGCUAUGUCGUCCUCAAUGACCCCAAGGUCACGGAGGUGGAGAUCGAGGAGGAGGUUGAGCGCAUCGCCAAGGGCCUGUUCAGCGUGAUUGUCACCAUGGGUACCAUUCCUAUCAUUCGGUCUCCCCGUGGAAACGCUGCCGAGAUGGUUGCUCGCAAGCUCGACUCCAAGCUCCGCGAUCACAUCUCGUCUAGCUCGUCUCAGCGCGGCGGCAACAGCUUCGGGGCCGACAGCCUCCAGCGGCCUCUCCUUGUCAUUCUUGACCGCAACAUCGACCUCAUCCCCAUGCUGUCCCACUCGUGGACCUACCAGGCUCUUGUCCACGAUGUCCUCGACAUGAAGCUCAACCGCGUCACUGUCGAGUCGCCCGAGAACGGCCGUCUGCAGAAGAAGUCUUACGACAUUGACUCGAAGGACUUCUUCUGGGCCAAGAACGCCGGCAACCCCUUCCCUCAGGUCGCCGAGGACAUUGACACUGAGCUAAACCGCUACAAGGUUGACGCUGCUGAGAUUACUCGAUCAACUGGUGUCAGCGAUGUCAACGACGUGUCGCAGAUUGACUUCUCGUCCAACGCUGCCAACCUCAAGACUGCCAUCACUGCCCUCCCUGAACUUACCGCGAGGAAACACACCCUUGACACACACAUGAACAUCGCCACGGCUCUCCUCCAGUCUAUCAAGGAGCGCAGCUUGGACAACCUGUUCCAGCUCGAGGAGAAUGCCACUCGCCAGACCAAGGCGACCAUCAUCGACGCCCUCAAGGGCAAGACGGAUGAACCUGGACAGGUUGCGCACCCCACGGCCAAUGACCAACUCCGUCUGGCCAUUAUCUACUACCUCUCCGUUCCCGACAAUGCGAUGCCCAAGGAGGACCUUGCGGAGAUCACCAACCUCUUGAAAGAGCACGGCGCAGACAUUGCCGCGCUCGACUAUGUCAAGAAGGUUCGCGAGAUUACGCGCAUGACCAUGAUGGCCACCCAGCCCACUGUCGCCGCCCAGACGACACAAAGCACGGGCGGCGAGUGGACCAAGGGUUUCAGCGCCCUCGGCAACCGAAUUACUGACCGCUUGCGUGAAGGCGGUAUCACCGGUGUGGGACUGGACAACCUGAUUUCUGGUGUCAAGAGCUUCCUCCCCGCCAAGAAGGAGCUCACCAUCACUCAUCUCGUCGAGUCUUUGAUGGAGCCUUCUACGGCUGCCGCCCAGGCACUGCAGGACACGGACGACUACCUGUUGUUCGACCCACGGGCGACUCGUUCUCGCAACACUGCCCAGUCCGGACGCACACGUACACAGUUCCAGGAGAGUGUGGUGUUUGUUGUCGGUGGCGGCGGCUACGUCGAAUACUCCAACUUGCAGGAGUGGGCGUCGAGGAGUCAAAAGGAGGGUGGUGGUGGUGGCAAGCGCAUCACGUAUGGUAGCACGGAGAUUCUUAAUCCCGAGGCCUUCUUGAACGCUCUUGGGGAGCUGGGGACUGCUUAGAUAGAGGUUGGAGCGGAUGCAUCCAUGUAGACUAC